CUCCUUCAAUCCGCAGGUGUAACAGUGACGGAGCGGAGAAGAGGCGCUCCGGAGGUGUGUGUGUGAGUGAGUGAGUGAGUGUGAGAGAGAGGCAGUGGCAGUGUCUGUGUGAGCGGCGGAAGCGCUUCUUCACACACACUUGGCGGCACAGUGACAGUGAGUGAGUGAGUGAGUGAGAGAGUGAGAGUGAGUGAGUGAGACGAGAGCGCAGCGCAGCGCAGCUCGGACCGGACCGGACCGGAGCGGACGGAGGAGGGUCCGAGUACAAUGAGCGCCCGUUCGCAUCACUUCGCUCCAACCCCAUGAAGACCAGUUUGACGAGAAAAAAGUGUGAAACGUCUUUGGACUCGUGAGGAAAGUGGAUCUUUUCCCCGGAGCCAUGAGGAACAGUUGGGUGUCGCCGCGGUCACUGGCUUUGGGUUCCUGGAGCCGGAGAGCGCUCUUCUUGUGCCUCUUGCGGAUUCAGUGCUGCUGCGGGAUGCCCCAUGUCAUCCGAAUAGGGGGGAUCUUUGAACAAAUGGAGGGACCGGUGCCCAUUGUCAGUGCUGAGGAGCAGGCUUUCAAGUUUGCCGUCAACAACAUUAACCGGAACAGGACCCUCUUGCCCAACACAACGUUAACAUAUGAUAUACAAAGGAUUAACAUCUACGACAGCUUUGAGGCAUCCAGGAAAGCCUGUGACCAGCUGUCCUUGGGCGUUGUCGCUAUCUUCGGCCCGUCACACAGCUCGUCCUCGAACGCAGUGCAGUCCAUCUGCAAUGCGCUGGAAGUGCCGCAUAUCCAAGUGCGCUGGAAGCACCACCCGAUGGACAACAGAGACACAUUCUAUGCCAACCUGUACCCAGACUACUCGUCCCUCAGCUAUGCUAUCCUGGACCUGGUGCAGUUUCUCAAGUGGAAGACAGCGACGGUUGUGUAUGAUGACAGUACGGGUCUUAUUAGACUACAGGAACUGAUAAUGGCCCCCUCCAGGUACAACAUCAGGUUAAAAAUUCGACAGCUCCCCCUGGAUACGGACGACAGCCGGCCGCUCCUGAAGGAAAUGAAGCGAGGACGGGAGUUCCGCAUCAUUUUUGACUGCAGCCACACGAUGGCCGCGCAGAUCCUCAAACAGGCUCUGGCUAUGGGAAUGAUGACUGAGUACUACCACUAUAUCUUCACCACUCUGGACCUGUUUGCCCUGGACCUGGAGCCGUAUCGCUACUGCGGCGUCAACAUGACAGGCUUCCGCAUUCUGAAUAUCGAGAACCCGCAGGUGGCGUCCAUCGUGGACAAGUGGUCCAUGGAGCGGCUGCAGGCGGCGCCGAAGCCUGAGUCCGGACUCCUGGAUGGAAUCAUGACGACAGAUGCUGCUCUGACAUACGAUGCGGUCCACAUCGUGUCCGUGUCCUACCAGCACGCACCCCAGAUGACCGUCAACUCGCUGCAGUGUCACCGCCACAAACCGUGGCGCUUCGGCGGACGGUUCAUGAGCUUCAUCAAAGAGUCCCACUGGGAAGGCCUCACAGGGCGGCUGGUGUUCAAUAGGACCAGUGGCCUGAGGACUGACUUCGAUCUGGACAUCAUCAGUCUGAAAGAAGAUGGCCUGGAGAAGGUGGGGAAGUGGAGCGCAUCAGGGGGCCUGAACAUCACAGAGGUGCCCAAGCGCAAAGGGAUGAACAUCACAGACUCGCUUUCUAACCGCUCCUUGGUUGUCACCACCAUCUUGGAGGAGCCGUAUGUCAUGUAUAAAAGAUCUGACAAAGUGCUUGUUGGCAACGACCGCUUCGAGGGCUUCUGCAUCGACCUCUUGAAGGAACUCGCCAAUAUCCUGGGCUUCACCUACGAGAUCCGCCUGGUCCCCGAUGGAAAGUACGGCUCGCAGGAUGAGAAGGGCCAGUGGAACGGCAUGGUCAAGGAACUCAUGGAACACAAAGCUGACCUGGCUGUGGCACCCUUGACCAUCACAUUUGUACGAGAGAAAGUCAUUGACUUUUCCAAACCAUUUAUGAGCAUGGGCAUCAGCAUCCUCUACCGAAAGCCCAACAGUACCACCAAUGGCUUUUUCUCCUUCCUGAACCCAAUGACCCCUGACAUCUGGGUGUACAUUUUGCUGGCUUACCUGGGAGUCAGCUGUGUCCUCUUUGUUAUUGCCAGAUUCAGCCCCUACGAGUGGUACGAUGCCCAUCCAUGUAACCCGGGUUCAGAUGUGGUGGAGAACAACUUUACCCUUCUCAACAGCUUCUGGUUUGGUGUGGGAUCUCUGAUGCAGCAAGGCUCCGAACUGAUGCCCAAGGCCCUUUCUACCCGGAUCAUUGGUGGGAUAUGGUGGUUCUUCACUCUCAUCAUAAUAUCUUCCUACACGGCCAACUUAGCUGCCUUCCUUACUGUGGAGCGCAUGGAAUCUCCAGUGGAGUCGGCGGAUGAUCUGGCCAAACAGACAAAGAUAGAGUACGGUGUGGUCCGGGAUGGAGCAACCAUGACCUUCUUCAAGAAAUCCAAGGUCUCCACUUUUGAGAAAAUGUGGGCCUUCAUGAGCAGCAAGCAAAGUACUUCACUGGUCAAAUCUAGUGAAGAGGGCAUCCAGAGGGUGCUCAGAUCUGACUAUGCCCUGCUGAUGGAGUCCACGACCAUUGAAUAUAUCACACGGAGGAAUUGCAACUUGACCCAAGUUGGAGGUAUAAUAGACAGCAAGGGAUAUGGCAUUGGUACUCCAAUUGGUUCCCCUUACAGAGACAAGAUCACAAUUGCCAUUCUGAGCAUCCUAGAGGAUGGUCGUCUGCACAUGAUGAAAGAGAAAUGGUGGGGUGGGCGCAGCUGUUCUGAUGAGGAAAGGCAGGAGGCUGGUCCAAUGGGUAUCCAGAACCUAGGUGGGAUCUUCAUGGUGCUUGCAGCAGGAUUAGUCCUUUCUGUCUUCGUGGCUAUUGGAGAGUUCAUCUACAAACUAAGGAAAACAGCAGAACGUGAACAGAGAUCCUUUUGCAGUGCCAUGGCAGAUGAAAUCAGACUGUCCUUCACCUGUGAACGGCGUGUAAAACACAGACCUCAGGCACCAGUCAUGGUGAAGACUGACGCGGUGAUCAACAUGCACACAUUCAAUGAUCGGCGGCUGCCAGGAAAGGACAGCAUGACAUGCAAUACUGGGAUGACCCCUGUUUUUCCAUGAUGUGUCUCGGCACUUAGAGAUGGCAACAAAGACGUGUGACGUGAAAUGUGCGGCACAAGGGUGGGGGAGAUUCAGAAAUAAUUGGAUUCUAAUCAGAUCACAGAGGCAAGGAACACCAAGAAAACUUCGAAACCCAGAUGGCCAGCAAGACAGCAAGAGUGGAUUUAUAUCUGAAAAACACAAUUUCCAAGCAACCUUUAUCAAAGUCGGAUGUUUACGUGUGUAACAUAAUCCAUCCAUAUAAUACAGCUUAGCCAAGUGUCUGAUUGGGAAUCUGGAAAUCCAUACACCUAACAAUGAAAAAGUUGAGACUUCAAGGAAAACAUCAAGUAGAGGAGAAAAAAGAAAGGACGAGCUUCAUUAAACAAGGCAAUAAAAAGAAUUACAGACAGGUGCCAGGUCACAGCAUGGAAGUGGUGGUAUCAUACAUAGCACAUUCUGUCUAUUCGAAGUUAAGGUCCUCAUCUUUUUUAUUUAUUUGCUGAGACUCAGAGGUCUUCUGGCAGGAUAAAGGACCCAUUACCUCAAAUGCUACGACUUUUCAUUGAAGGUCCCCUUCCUGUCGUGUUGACUUCACAAAUAAAGGACAUUCUGAAAGGUAACAGAAGAUACAGAAAACAUGGCUGGGACCAUGAUGUAGUUUUGUAAGAAGAGCUGGCAGAAAAGUCUGUCAAACAAAACUCUGGGCCUUCAAAAGAAGGAGUAAAGUGGGUUUACAAAAUGUUUUUAUUUCAGUAAAUUAAUGCACAAGUCAAGCAGGGUGGACAAUGUUCUGGCCAAUGAGCUUCUCUAAAGUUCAAAAUGAGAAUUUUUGUUUCUUCAUGCGAUAUAAAGCCUUAUUAUUCUUUAACAUGAAAAACAGAUUUUCUUUGAUUGUUCUUUAUAAUUUUCCAAGGUCUGUAUAUUUAAUUUGAAGCAAAGGGAAGAGUCUAUUGACAAAAUAACCAAAGAUACGUCCACAAAACGUAAUCCGUUUUUAAAAAAGCUAUGUUAUACAAUAAUAAAAGUAUGAAAAGAAAAUAGCAUUUUCUAACACCAUCACCAAUUUUGAAGCUAACCCCAAUGUUUAGCAGUUGGUGUAAAUUAAAAUUAUUUCAGACACUGAAAAUUA